AUGCAACCUCCGAUUCGUAACCCUAGCCCCCCUCACCGUAACCACCUCGAGUCUCUCAAACCGCUACUCAACGACUCAACCAAGCAGUUCUUGGCACAGCACCGGGCCGGCCGAACCGACUUCUCUGAUUUCGAGUCCAUCUUCACUCGCCUCCUCCAAGACCACCCCGAUCCGCCUCUCGAGCUCCUCUGGUUCUACUCCGCCGUCGUAUUCCACUCCUCCAAGCAAGAUUUCGGCGGCGAUCCCGUCAGGUUGACCAGGAGCUUGUUCCAGAUGCUCGUCCCUCUCUCCGAUUCUUUCUCCGGCGCCAAGAGGGUGGCCACGCUGUCUCCUCUCGUUUACAAUCUGAGUCGGUUGGUUAAGAGUAGGAGGAGGAGGGAAGAGGCUUUGGAGUUGUUGGAUGGGAUCGUGAACUUCGUUAGCGCGUAUUGUGGAGGUGGUGGUGAGGAUGGUUUGUUGAUGGUGACUGGGUUUAGUUUCGCUGAUUUGAGUCGGGUUUGGGUUGUGGAUGAAGAAGAAGCGGAAGAGAGUGAUUGUUUGGAGAUGUUCAUGCCGUUUGUUAGUGAAAGAUUGCGUAGAGAGGUUGGUUCCGAGUCUUGUAGCGUUGGUUGCUUGGCUGGAAUCGUAGCUUCUCAGCUUAUUUUGCUCAGUUUGUGCUUGAGAUUUGAUUCGGCGGAGUUACGAAAAGAUCUGCGAGAGUCUGUGCUUCAGAUGAUCUAUGGGUUCCAGCACAGCUGCUACUUCUUUGGUGAGUCUCUUAUUCUUUCUUUAAGUUAUUUUGCCUUCUAUGGAGUGUUCUUGUAG